AUGUUACUUUUUGCUGCGUUAGACGAAGAUAUGUACGGAUCAGAUUGGUUGGGCGAACAUCGUCUUCCGUUGGCAAAUUUGGUGCCGAACUGUUUAACUGACCAUUGCAUUGCACUGGGCGCACGAAAACCGGGAAACGCCAAAAAAUACGUCUCCUUAGGAAAUCAAAGUGGGCUUUUAUCUCUGAAUGAGGCUGGGCUCAAACGACAACAUCAUAUUGACAUUCACGUAAAGCUCCGUCCAGUUAAUGAAGGCUCUGAACUUCUGUUUUCUUUUUGCAUUCGUUUCACCAGCUCUCAACUUUUUACUGACAAUUUCGAUGAGGGGACGCAGCAAAACCGGUUAAUGUGA